AUGGCUGCUGCUGCCGCCGCCGUUGCCGCCUCCUCCUCCGCCGCUUCUCCUCCUGCGGUGAUGGACUGGGAGAACCUCUCGCCCGCGGCGGCGUCCAGCUAAUCCCCAAAGGGCGCCAUGGAGCCCAGUGGCCUCGGGGAGCUACCGAACCUGAUGCAGUUCUUGCGGAAGCUCAAGGAGGUCUUCGAUGUGUGCGAUGAGGACGCCGACGGCUUCAUCCGGGUGGAGCACUUCGUCGCCCUGGGGCUGCAGUUUGGCCAGGGGGAUGAGGUGGAAAAAUUUGCCAAAUACUUGGAUCCUAAUGAUCUAGGCAAGAUCAACUUCAAAGAUUUCUGUCAUGGAGUGUUUGCCAUCAAAGGCUGUGAAGAGUUACUGAAGGAUGCAUUGUCUGCUGAGGGCCUCGGACCUCGGCGCUGCGAGACGGAGUAUGUGGAUUAUUACUACCAGGGUCCUGAAAUUCAAGACGGCAGCUAUUUGGACAGUGAAAGUGCGUACAGCGAAUCGGAUCUCUUUCCCGAUGAAGACAACAUGACCCUGGCUCAGCAGGAAGUCCACCAUGAGUCUGACAUGGACAGUGCCAUUGAAAGCGCCCACAGCUCAGAGGCGUCGGAUGUGUGUCGGAGUGAGGAGAAGGAUGGCAUGCUGGGUGGCCUCUUCCUGCCUGGAGAUAAGUCCAGCCCCCUCAACCCUUCCGCGGCAUCUGACCUCUCCACCUAUUCCACUGCCUCCUUGAUCAGUAACGAAGAACAGUUUGAGGACUACGGAGAAGGCGACGAUGUGGACUACACUCCCAGCAGCCCUUGCCCCGACGACGAGAGCCGAACAAAUGCCUACUCGGACCUUGGCUCAUCUGUUUCUUCCAGUGCCGGCCAGACGCCAAGAAAAAUGAGGCAUAUUUACAAUAGCGAGCUGUUGGAUGUCUACUGCACACAGUGCUGUAAAAAAAUCAACCUGCUGAAUGACUUGGAAGCCAGGCUGAAAAACCUAAAAGCAAACAGCCCAAACAGAAAAAUAACAAGCACGGCUUUUGGCAGGCAACUUUUCCAUAACAGCAACUUCAGCAGCAGCAACGGAAGCACAGAGGACUUGUUCAGAGACAGCAUAGACUCAUGCGAUAACGAUAUCACGGAAAAGGUUACUUAUUUAGAGAAAAAAGUGACAGAACUGGAAAAUGAUAGCAUGACAAACGGUGACCUGAAGAGCAAAUUGAAGCAGGAGAACACACACCUAGUUCACAGAGUUCACGAACUCGAAGAAAUCUUGAAAGACCAAGAGACGUCAGCUGAGCAGACUCUGGAAGAAGAGAUAAAGAGGCACAGAGAAGCAUACAGCAAGUACGAGAAAGAGAAGAGCACGGAAAUCGAACUGCUGAACACAAGGGUUCAGCAGCUCGAAGAGGAAAACUUUGAACUCAAAACCACCGUUUUGCGGCUGAAAUCGCAAAGCGAGAAACUGGAUGAGGAGAGGCAGCGAAUGUCAGACCGAUUGGAAGACACCAGUCUGCGGCUCAAGGAUGAGAUGGAUUUGUAUAAAAGGAUGAUGGACAAACUGAGACAGAACAGGCUGCAAUUUAACAAGGAGAGGGAGGCUACUCAAGAGCUUAUUGAGGAUUUGCGGAAGGAGCUGGAACAUUUGCAGCUGUACAAGCUAGAAUGUGAGCGGCCUGGUCGAGGGAGAAGCUCUUCCUCCAGCUUGAGCGAAUUCAAUGCGAAGACGAGAGAGGUGGAAAUGGAACAUGAAAUUAAAAGGCUAAAGCAGGAGAAUCAGAAGCUUCGUGACCAGAACGAUGACCUCAAUGGGCAAAUUCUUAGUCUUAGUCUUUACGAAGCCAAAAACCUUUUUGCGACACAAACAAAAGCCCAGUCGUUGGCCGCUGAAAUUGAUUCUGCCUCCAGAGAUGAGCUCAUGGAAGCCCUCAAAGAACAGGAAGAGAUCAACUACAGACUGCGCCAAUACAUGGACAAGAUAAUCCUCGCCAUCUUAGACCACAACCCAUCCAUCCUGGAAAUAAAAAACUGAAGACUUGGAGCAAGGGAAGAAGAAGCAAGUAGAGCUUGGCAUCUGAUGAGAUGCUGUUGGAUCCAAAUAUCACUCUGCUACUGUAAAUGAACCUAUAUACAUACAUAUAUAUAAAUAUAUAUAUACA